AUGGAAACUCUGAUUCAGUCAUAUAAUCUGCAAAUUAAGAGAAUGCUGCUAGCAGAAACAUCUGGAUUAGGGCAAAGAGCAUCGAAGCAGUGUGUCAGUUCAAAAGAUUCGGUCAAAAAAGAUAAAAAGAAAGACAUGUUGCCACGAACUUUUGUUACAUCACAAACUAAGCAAAAAGAGUAA